AUGACAUCGACCCGCAAAAACCCGGUACAAUUUGUAUCAUUAAUAUCGCGCACCGAUAAACCGCUAUACAUUCAAUCGUUUCUACUGGACACCGAUGCAAUCGCAAAAGACACAAACGAGGAAGAGGUAGAAGUUGCUGGUGAAGAAACCAACAAGUCAGUACAGCCGACAACGACCAUCAACAACUUUCUCAAAUUCAAUUUCUUCAGCCAUAUGGCGCUCGAUAUCUUUUCGUCACCUACAUCAUUAGCAUUACGUGAGCAACAACAACAACAAAACUCGAAUGGCGUUUUACUCUUGUUCAUUCAAGACCAAGUGAUUGUAUAUGGAUACGAAUCAAACAAUGGAUUAAAGAUAGUUGUGGGGAUGGACCAGAGUGCCACGAUAAACCAAGAUAACUUGCAUAAAUUCAUCACAUCCGUUUAUAAAUUGUAUUUGAGAGUUGUUUGUAAUCCAUUUAGAAAUUUUACAGCUAAUGAACACGAUGAACUGGCAAAUUACGGUAAUGAAGAAGAGGACGUGUUGAAUUCACAUAAAUUUGAUGAAGGAGUAAAGAAACUAGUUGAUGGUUUUAUAUAA